AUGUUCCGCACCAUCGGGCCCAAAGAUUACUUCACACUUAUCGAUGUUCCAGGUAUCUUUCGUACUCCGACUGAAGGAAUUACGACCUCAAAUGAUGCUAAGCUCGUGAUGCAAAUGGUCAAAAAUUACAUUCAAGACAGGCGCACUAUCAUUCUCGCAGUCCUUCCUAGCAACGCCGACCCCGCAACCCAAGAGAUCCUGACCAUUGUUAAAGAAUACGACAAGAAAGGAGAACAGACUCUAGGUGUAUUGACAAAGCCAGAGCUAGUGCAGGAGGAAAGCGCCAAAAUCGCGGUCCGCAACAUUGUGAAUGGAAAGAAAAAGCCUCUUCUGGGUUACUAUCUGGUCCGGAACCGUGGCCCUGAUGAUAAAGAGGCUGACUAUGAGCAGUUGUUCAAUGAGCAACCUUGGAAAAGUCUCCCGAGAGGUCAUGCUCUAAAGAAACGCUUGAGUGAGCUGUUGGGCGAAAUUGCAAAGCGCGAAUUUCUUGCGUUGAAAAUAAAAUUGGAGGAUCUUGGUCCUGCACGUCAAACUGUAGAAAAACAACGCUUGUACCUCGCCACUUUGAGCAGGAAAUUUGAGGCAUUGGUCCGAAAUGCACUGGAUGGGAAUUACCCCAACAAUGGGGCAUCCCAACUGCGCCUUGGAACGCACAUCGCCAAUCUCACAGACCAUUUUAAUGCAGAAUUUGUCAAAAAGUCUCAAAUGCGUUAUUUUCAGAACGAAAGCACCUAUUUCAAAAAGCCAGAGCAAGUUUUCAAUACCGAUAAUGAAAUCGAUACAGAUGCAGUACUUGAGGAUAUAAUCGCCAGGAAGUAUGAUUUUGAUGACCCUCAAGGAAACAUCAUGGGCUGGAUCAAAAAGCUUUAUGCUGAAAAUCGAACUCUGGAGUUGGGAACUUUUGGGUCCGGUAUUCUCCUAAACGCGUUUCAACAGCAAUCUGAAAAGUGGGAUGAUAUGGCCAAAGCAUACAUUGCAUCUUCUAUUGCCUAUGAGCUCAGCCAUAAAUACAAGGAGGUAAUGGAACACGCCGAACUUCUUGUUAUGAUGGAGCGUGAGCAAAGGCCAUUCACACCCAACCAUUACUUCAAUGAAAACCUCCAAAAGGCACGUGGAAAGAGAAUGAUGAAGAUGCUAGAGAGCAAGGCUCAGACCAGCUUCUUCGACGUAAAGCACGGAAUCACCGUCACUCCAGGGAAGGGAUUUGUUUAUUUGGAGGACUCAGAAAACGCACUGGAGAAUAAGGACAACUUUCAACAGAAAACGGAAGAUAGCCACGACAUUCUCUGCGCCUACUACAAAGUCGCGAGAAAACGGUUUGUUGAUAGCAUUUUUCGCCAAGUGGUGGAAUACGAUCUUUUAACGGGGCUGAAGAGUCCUCUAGCUAUUAUCGACUCGGACUGGGUGAUCAAGCUCGAUGCUGAGACACUGGAGACCAUAGCAGGUGAAUCACCAACUGUCAAGCAGUACCGAGCAAGCUUGGAGAAAAGGAUCGAGGAUUUGAAAACGGCACUAGAGAUCUUGAAAAAGUGA